AUGGCGACCCAGGCCCAGGCCGGCCGAAGCUGCCUCCACCUGGCCAAGGGCAACCCUAACAAGGUCCGCCGCCGGCUACCAGCCACGCUUGCCUGCGACGCACUGCAGUGCUCGGCCGACGCCGAGUGCCAGCUCUGGCUCUGCCUCACCUGCGGGUUCACCGGAUGCGGCCGCGCCGCGCCCGAGGCCCACGCCAUGCGCCACGCAAUAGAGCCUGAUGCGCCCGGCCACUGUGCGUCGUUCACCCCGUCCGAUGCUGACCUCGCCUCUGCUCCACACCCGCUCGUCAUGCGCGCCUCCGACGGCUCGCUCUGGUGCUACGUCUGCGACACUGACCCGCCGCUGCCGACGCCCGAUGCGCGCCCCGCCAAGCUCUCCUCCCGCGCUGCCUCGCGCUACGUUGCCCUCGCUGCCGCUGCUGCCGCCGCUGCGCCAUCGCCACCGCCACCACCGCAGCAUCUGCCCGCGCUCGCCAGUUCUGGGCUUGCUCCACCCCGCAGCGGCGCAGCAGCUGUGGCGGCAGCCCUGCCGGACGAGGCCGCACUGAUCGCGGCCCUUCCGGCCUCUGUCGCCGGGCUGCGCAACCUCGGCAACACGUGCUUCUUCAACUCGGUCCUUCAGGCUCUCUCGGUCACGCCCGAGCUUCGUUACAUCCUCGCUGCCUCACACUACACCCCGCCCGGCAAGCUCGCCAAGCUCCUGGCUAGCCUCUUUGCCGCCUGGCCGGGUGUCUCGCGCCGUGCCCACUCACCUCGCUCGCUCUUUGCCGCCCUUGCGCGCCAGGUCCCGCGUUUUCGCGGCUACCGCCAGCAGGACGCCCACGAGCUGCUCCGCGUCCUGCUCGGCGGCAUCCAGGCCGAAGAGGCUGCGGCGUCGCGGCGUCCAGUUCUCACCGCCUCGGCAGUCUUUGCUGGCGAGCUCGUCUCCACCAUCGUGUGCUCCGUGUGCGGCACACCGUCGCGGACACCCGAGCCUUUUCUUGACCUCUCGCUUUCGCUCACUGCGCCACUCGCUCCAAAGCCUGUGCGCUUGCGGCAGCGAUCGCGGCCCUCGGCGCCCACCAAGCCCUCCGCUGCCGCCGCCAAGCCGGCCUGGCUCUACUCGGGCCCGUCGCGGUCGUCAACAGCGUCACCUGCUCGCUCGCAGCGCUCUCGCUUCCGCGGCAGCUGCUUACGCGAUCGCUAUCCGGAUCUGAACUCGCCCGCCUUUGCUGCGGCCGUAGCCGCCGCCGCCGCCGCCAACGAGCCGCCGCCGCUGCGCGAGCAGCCUGUCCUCUCAACGCGGCCGGCCUCGCUCCAGCUCGACCACACGCUUCAGGCCUUUGCCCAAAUCGAGACGCUCGAUGGUGACAACAGCUACGGCUGCGAGGCAUGCACCAAGAUGUAUAUCGAGAGCUGCGGCGUCGGCGGGUCGCGAGUCGUCCCGGACCCGCUCACCAGCCCACUCAUCAAGCGCCCGGCCGCCAAGCAGUAUCUCAUCCGCUCGCUCCCGCCAGUCCUCACCCUCCACCUCAAACGGUUCCAGCAGACGAGCUACGGCCUGCGCAAGCUCAGUACACGGCUCAGUUUUCCACUCGAUCUCGACCUCGAGCCGUAUGUCGAAAGCCCGCCGGCGUCGACGACCUCGGACAUGUCAGCAUCGUCAUCGUGCGCAGCAUCGUCGUCGUCAUCAACCUCGUCAUCAUCGGCGUCGUCGUAUGAGACGUCGUCGUCGUUCACCUCCCCGGCCCCGCCGCACAUCCUGCCAGCCAAGCCCUUCGACUCGUUUGUCUCGUCCGACGCCUACGAAUACUACUCGUCGUACUCGGACCAGGGCGAGACGGCAUCGGCCUUCUUGUACACACUGUUUGCGGUCACCGUACACUCGGGCGGCCUUGGCGGUGGACACUACAUUGCAUACGUCAAGCUCGCGCUGCCUCGUGGCGGGCAUCAGUGGUACCACUGCUCCGACUCCUCUGUCCGCCCCGUCGACGUCCGCGCUGUGCUCUCAGCCGAGGCAUACAUGCUCUUUUAUCGCCGCGCCGACUAG